AAAGAGAUUUUCUUGAAGAAUUUAGCAGCGUUUUCUAAAUUCAAAAUACUCAGUUUUUUGGUAACUUACUGAAUUAGCAAAAGCAGAGAUUCUUUGCUGAAACAAUUUCAUACAUUUAAAUACUUAAAACACAACUCCUUGGUUUAUAUAUAUAUAUAUAUAUAUAUAUAUAUAUAUAUAUAUAUAUAUAUAUAUAUAAGAAUAUAUAUGUGUGUGUGUGUGUAUGACGAUAAAAGCAUCUUCUGUGUUGCUCCCGGAAUAGUGAAAGUGAAGUUUCAUCAUAUUUCGACAGGAAGAACUAUUGCCAAAUUUUCUCUAAUUCUUAUUUGACCUGGUUCAAAUAUGUCACGUGGUUACAAUGCUUUCGUUCGAGGCAGUCGACGCUCGUUUUCUCUAGCAACCAACAUGGUGACGACGACGACGACGAUGAUGAUGAUGAUGAUGAUGAUGAUGAUUAUAUCUGUGAUGAUUCUUCCAUGCUCGUCACUCAAUCGUGUUGAAAUGACAAGCCUAAAACCAUUCGAAGGAUUUGGGGAAGAUGGACCAACUCAAAUGAAUAUAACAUGUCACCUUGAAGCAGAAGACUUAUCAUUCUUCAGACUCAGACGUAACAAUGAAGUCGUUGUUGAUAUUGGUUUCCACGAUGGUAUGGGGUUUUUUGAACUUGUUCGUGCUCUGAAUGGUUUCGACUGCAACUUACCGCAAUCGAGAACAAUUAAUGGAGUAUUAAAAUGCUGGAAAGAAAAUCUAGAUUGCGCUGAUGCAGGAUCCUAUACGUGUGAGAUAUCGGAUGCAAAGAGGUCCAAAUCAAGGAUGCUAAAAGUGAAAUCUUUUGUCAAAAGGCUUGACCAUAUUAAUACACCUUUAGAGACGAAGGAGGAGAAGAAGGAGGAGAAGAAGGUGUCUACCUUCAGCUGUUUGGUAUAUGCUUCUCCAGAUGCUGACAAAACUGUCACCUUUAGAUGGACUGUAAAACAUAAGAUUAAAAACGCUAAACCACAGAUGACAGACAAGAAAAUACUUCUUCCGAAAACUGACCAACAUUGCGUACCAGUACAGUCGCUAUUUAAACACGCGGUAACUGAUGAAGACAAAAAUGGAACAAGUAUCUCAUGUUCGGCAUUUGGGAGAACACUUUCAGAAGACGUGAAUAUCUACGGUGCAAGAUCUGGCAGCCCCAUUUCUGCUCUACUACAUACAGCAUGGUUUUCUGUCUCCAGACUUUCUCUUCUCUUUCUGGCUCUUGCAAGUUGCCGCUAGCAUCAUCCCGUUUUUGCUCCAGUAAUUAUAAAGAAGGUUUGUUUUCCCAUCUUAUUCCUUCUAAUCUCGCUUCUC